AUGCCAGCCAAACACGUCCUCAUCGCCGGCCUAGGCCGCUUCAUCAAAGCCGAUCCCCAAGGCGAAGCGAUCUUCGGCCCUCAACACAAGAACAUCCAAAAACUCCAGGAGGACAUGGCCAAAGCCAAGGCGGACGGCUACGAGCCCGCCAACAUCGAUCUGGAUCCUCUGGAUGUCGAAGAUAGUGUUCAGAGAUUAGAGGUCGAACUGAAGCGUCAGAAAUGGGAUAUUUUCAUCGUGGGCUUUGGCGUGAGAGCGAACAAGGACUUCACGGAGCUCUUUGAGAGGGCUAUCAAUCUUGCUGUUGCGAUGCAGCCUAAUAUCAAGUUUGGGUUCAGUCGGGCUCCUGAUGAGGUUUUUGAGACGAUGAAGAGGGUGCUGGGCGAGUAG